AUGCAAAAGAAUGCUUCGCGUUGGAAAGAAUAUGUGAUACUCCAUCCAUACCAACCCACCUCCAUCCUCCCCUCAAUCUUUAAUGGCACCCUCGCCGUCUGCUUUCUCGAUUCCGCAAUGAGCCGAGACUACGACGACCGAAAACAAGGAGUUGGGCUGGGGCAGAAAUGGCGUAUUAAAACCAGCCGGUGCGAAGAAUUCUUUGACAAAAGGGAAGGGGGUGGAGAUGAUACACUAGAUUCAAUUGACGUCAAGGCUUUGAGGAGGGUUGAAACGCCUGGAGAUGUUGGCUCGGUGGUUUGGCCGAAGAAUAGACUGAGUGAGACGUUGAGGAAGAUUGGGAAUAUUGGUAGAGAAAGGAAAGAAAGCCCGCAAGUGAGUUUGGUUUGGCAUUGGUCACAAGGUAUCCUCCCUUUCCAGGACUUGACUCCUACCCACAUAUAUCAUGGUUCAUCCAAGGUGGGACAUAUGGGCACAUUCAUGAACAAGAAUCUUGAUUUGGACAGAUGGAAACUCAGAUGGAACCCCGAAGCGCGAGACAUAAGCGCAUCAUAUGAUUGGAAGCAAGAUAAUCUGCAUCGGCUGACAUCCAAGCCUGACAUCCAAGCUAAAGAAAGGGGACGGGAUUUAAUUCAGACAUCAGCCGUUCCCUACGAAACAGGCAGCUUCGCUACGGGACUGUCAAACCCUCGUAGCGAGAAUACCUGCAUCUCAGCCGUAUUCAGUACCCCAGGUAUCCUAGGCAAUUCAGCUUCCCCUUAG